CUUGACGAAAAUCCGAGCUCCGUAUUUGCCACGGAUGCCAAAGGUCGCACCGCGCUUGCCUGGGCCUCGGCCCGGGCCCAGUUGACUGACAUGAAGCUCCUGAUAGAACGCGGCUCCCAAGUAGACGCCAUGGAUACCAGCGGCCGCUCCAUUCUUCUGAAUGCAGUCGACAGCUCUAACAACGAGGGACUUCGCAUCAUCCUCGAAGCCGGGGCAGAUCCAAACCCAGUAUUGCCCGAGGGCCUGUUCCGCAGCAGCCCCCUUAUUGCGGCUAGCACAGGUGGCAAGCUGGAAAUGAUCAAAUUGCUUAUCGAAUUUGGUGCUGAGAUCGGUGCGACCAAUCCGGAGGGAUGGACGGCACUACAGGCAGCUAUUAAAGCGCAAAACGUCGAAUGUGCAAAUAUUCUGCUCACCCACGGCGCUGACCUAGGCUACAUAUCCAAGAAUGGUCAUUCAGCGCUUACGACGGCGAUAAUCUACAACAGCCAUGCUGUGCUCAAGCUCUUGAUCGAC